UUUUUUUUUAGAUUCUUACAUUUAAUCUCUAAUUUUACACAUGUCAGUGGAUAAUUUUAAAACAAAUAUUUAUGAAUAUCUUGAAACAUUACCGACGUUUACUUUUAUGCGUUUAUUUGAAAAGCCAUCUACAUGUUUGGCUAUUUUUAGAUUAUUACCAAGCUUAGGUAGACAGAUUGUUAUGUCUUUAUUGUAUGUUGAAAUGCCCAUGUCAAUUACUGAUUUACAUAUCUGGGUUAAUAAAGAUGGACAAAAACAAUUGCAGGAAUCUUUAUUAAAACUUUCUCGAUUACGAAUUCUUGAAGAAAGAGAUAAAAUAUUAAUAUUGAACAGUACAUUCAGACGCGAGUUUCAAAAUGCACUCACCGGAGGUGGCAUGCAACAGUCAUUUGGUUUGCCUUGCUCAACACCAGAUAAACAUGCUGUCGAUAUUGCAUUUUUAGAUCAUUAUGCAACUACGCAAUGGGAAGCUAUUCUUCAUUAUAUGGUCGGUACAUCUUUAACAAAAAAGCCGAGUCGAGGUGUAUUGAACUUGUUAGAAAGGAGUAAACUUAUGCAAAUUAGUGCUGAGACAGGACAAUUGCAAAUUACAAAUAAAGGCUUUCAAUUUCUACUUCAGGAUGUGAAUACACAAGUUUGGGCAUUUCUUUUACAAUAUUUAGAUAUGGCAGAGGUAUUACAAAUGGAUCUUGUUGAAGUGCUUAAUUUUUUAUUUCAACUAGGUUCUUUAGAAUUGGGUGAGAACUACUCAGUUGAAACAUUAACACAAACACAACUUCAGAUGUUAGAAGACUUGCGUGAUUAUGGCAUUGUAUACCAAAGAAAGAAAGCAUCAAAGCGUUAUUACCCUACACGUUUAGCCACUACAUUAACUUCAGGGAACGCAGCACUUGCAGGUGCAAGUAUAAAAAAUAUUAAUGGGCAUAUUGAUACUACGACUGAUGCUACUUCUGAUGCCGAACAAAUAGAUCAAGGAUUUAUUAUUUUGGAAACAAAUUAUAAACUUUAUGCAUAUACAGAUUCACCACUUCAAAUUGCUGUCUUGAACUUGUUUGUUCAACUCCAAUCUCGAUUUAAAAAUAUGGUUACAGGUCUCAUUACGAGAGAUAGUAUUCGUAAUGCUUUAGUCAAAGGGAUUACUGCUGAACAAAUUAUUUAUUAUUUACAAUCUCAUGCACAUGUUCAAAUGAGAAAAAAGAUACCUAUUUUACCUUUAACUGUUAUAGAUCAGAUAAGAUUAUGGGAAAUGGAAAGAAAUAGAUUAAAGCCCACUUCAUCAUUCCUUUAUCAUGAAUUUAAUGUUCAAGCUGAUUAUGAUGCAGCAGAAAAAUAUGCACGAGAUAUAGGUGUUUUAUUAUGGUCAAAUGCUAAUGCACGUACAAUGGUUAUUACAGAAGCUGGUCAUGAGAGUGUCAAGAGUUUUGUUAAGAAAAGAUUGCAUAGUAAAAAUUAAAAUGAAUUCAUGUAGACUAAAUAAUGUUAAUAAUUUCUGAUUUAUUGUAAAUAUGUAUACUAUAAACUAUUGCCAACUUUGCUUACGAAUGAGGAGAAAAAAAAAAGUUAAUAUGAC